UCCCCCCUUUUCUCUCUCUUGAUUUGUGCUUCGCUGUUUCGUUGAUCGGAGAUGGGUGAGGAUUUCGACAUGCCUGCGGCCCACGACGGUGCCGAUGUGGCUCCCUCCAUGAAGGAGAUUGGGAAGCAAGGUUUGAAGAAGAAGCUCGUCAAGGAAGGUGAAGGGCGGGAAACUCCUGAGACCGGAGAUGAGGUUGAAGUGCAUUACACCGGAACUUUGUUGGCUGGGACAAAGUUCGAUUCUAGCCGAGACAGAGGAACUCCGUUCAAAUUCACUCUGGGACAAGGGAAUGUCAUCGAAGGUUGGGACAUUGGGAUCAAGACCAUGAAGAAAGGUGAAAAUGCCAUUCUCACCAUCCCCCCCGAGCUAGCGUAUGGAGAGUCUGGUUCACCUCCAACUAUCCCUCCCAAUGCGAUGCUGCAGUUCGAUGUCGAGCUGCUGUCUUGGGUCAGUGGUAAAGACAUAUGCCGUGAUGGUGGCAUAUUCAAAAACAUAGUUGUUGAAGGAGAUAAACGGGAGAAACCAAAGGACCUUGAUGAAGUGUUAGUUAAGUAUGAAGCUCGACUCGAGGAUGGCACUGUUGUUGGAAAGUCUGCUGGUGUAGACUUCACAGUCAAAGAAGGUCAUUUCUGCCCUGCAUUUGCUUUGGCCGUCAAAACCAUGAAGAAAAGGGAGAAAGUUCUUCUAAUUGUGAAGCCGCAAUAUGGCUUUGGGGAGAGCGGUAAACUGGCAUGUGAUGGUCAAUCCGCCGUCCCACCCAAUGCGACGCUUCAGAUCGACCUUGAGCUGGUUUCUUGGAAAACUGUGUCUGAAGUAACCGACGACAAGAAGGUCAUCAAGAAGAUUCUAAAGGAAGGAGAAGGAUACGACCGUCCUAAUGAAGGAGCCAUCGUCAAAGUGAAUUUGAUCGGGAAGCUUCAAGACGGUACCGUGUUCCUGAACAAAGGCCAUGGGGAAAUCGAGGGGCCAUUUGAGUUCAAGACAGAUGAAGAGCAAGUAAUUGAAGGGGUAGAUAUGGCUGUGAUGAGCAUGAAGAAGGGUGAGGUGGCAUUCGUCACCAUCUCACCAGAGUAUGCUUUUGGUUCCUCUGAAUCUCAGCAGGAAUUGGCCGUGGUACCGCCAAACUCUACAGUUUACUAUGAAGUGGAGCUACUAUCCUUUGUCAAGGAGAAGGAAUCUUGGGAAAUGUACACGCAGGAAAAGAUAGAGGCGGCCGAGAGCAAGAAGGAAGAAGGCAAUGCGUUGUUCAAAGCUGGAAAAUACGCCAAGGCUUUGAAGAGAUAUGACAAGGCGGUGGGGUACAUAGAGUAUGGAUCGGCUUUCGGGGAAGAGGAGAGGAAGAAGACGAAAGAGCUGAGAGCAGCAUGCGACCUGAACAAGGCCGCUUGCAAGCUGAAACAGAGAGAAUACAGAGAGGCUGUGGAAUUAUGCACAAAGGUGUUGUCGGGAGAGGAGGAAAACGUCAAGGCGCUUUAUAGAAGGGCAGAGGCUUACAUGGAGACUGAUGAAUUGGAGCUUGCCGAGUUUGAUAUCAAGAAAGCUCUCCACAUCGACCCUUCCAACAGGGAGGUGAAGUCGGAGUACAGGAAACUGAAGGAGAAGGUGAAGGGGUACAACAAGAGAGAAGCCAAAUUCUACAGCAAAAUGUUGGGCAAGACCAAGGAUGAGAGACCGAUCGGUGUAGAUGCGGAGGCCUAAAGACCAAGUCAGGCCAAAAAUGGUGGUGGAAUCGCAUAACCUAUAACACAAAGUUUUAAAUCUUACAAAUGAUCAAAUAAAAUUACAGUUUAAACCUAUCUGGAAUCAAUUACUGUCCGGUGAUAAAACUUGCAGUCUCCCUUUUCAAAAAGAUGAUGAAACGGAACAGGAAAAAAAAAAAAAGACAACAGUAUUAAAGAAUGGUGUCCGUGUUGCAGUUUGCAAUACAACAGAGCAUCUCUCCCUCUUCAAAUCCUAAACACUCAACUGCCCAAUCAAAACCCAACAACAAAAAACAAAAGAGUGUACAAAUCUGAAACAACCUUCAAUGCCCUGACUGCUCCCUCUCUCUCUCUCUC